GGGGGAAGGGGUAUAUUAGAGGCAAACCACGUCCCGUCUCUGUUGACCUUGUCGCACCAACACAUUCGAGACUUUCUCAGAAUUGCACGCUCCUCUCUGCUCCUCCAGCAGAGUUCAUCACUGAUCAAGCUUCAGAGCCCCUGGCCUCUAGCCCCUAAUUCUCCUAACCGCCAGUGUGUGGGUGGGAGUGUGGAUGCGAUCCCCGCCUGCACAAACUCAAUUCCUAGACCACCUCCUCCUCCUCGGACUGCACGAGCCACACGUACCAUUCACUCCAUUACACAGCACAGAGCUACAAGAACACAGUCACGAACGCCAAUUUCUCUUAUGAACGACGAACGCAGCCCACCUGCACUGCACACCCAUACUCCACUCUGCUGCAUCCACCCUCCUUACCAGCAUUGCUCUGCACCGUAUCUGGUAUCUGGUUGCUUCGUACCUCUGUUGUCUGCUUGCUCUCCUUUACCAUAACCAUACUACACCAGUAAUAAUCACCCUCAACCAUCUACCAGCCAUGGACUCGAUUCUCCUCGUUCGAGAUCUGCUCAAUGCCACCGAGGGCGCAAAUGGCGAGCCGGUCCACCACAAACCUGGGCCCCAUAUCACCCAUGUGCCUACAGAAUCGAUAUCAAGAGCCGCUCCCUAUAGCGCUCUCAUUCUCUGCAUCAUGUUCGUCGUCAUCUUUGCUGUCCGUCACUGGCUGCUGGAGGCGUUCCUGUUGGAGAAAUACUAUGGAACCAUCUACACCAGCAUGGACGAGACGAAUCGAAGAGGUUUUCUGAACCACCACAUUGCGGUAGCCACGAGGUUGUUAAUUUUCAUCACGGCCGCCUAUCCCUUUAUUGAUGUAGCUUUUGUAAGCGCGUCCCUCCAUUCGCCAUAUGCGGGAUCUAAACAUGUCACCAUGGGCGAUGUUUUGCUUGUUAUUUCUCUGGGCUUGAUAGCCAUGUAUGUGUUUGAACUGUUCUACCGGACCAAGAUUUCUCCUAUUAGUGCUGGACACCAUAUUGGGGUAAUCAUGAUUGGUUCAUUUGCAAUUGCUAUUUCGAUGGAUUUGGAACACCAGCCCGAUGCUACAAUUGAGUUCGUUCUGUGCUUGGUAUGGGGUAAGUAGUCUAAUUACCCCUGAGUACAUCUACAUCCGAACUAACAAUUUCUAGGCGCCUUUGAUAUCAUCUCCGAAUUCUUGCCUCAUUGCGCUAUCAUCCUAUACCGAGUCUACCCCACUCGUCACAACUUUCUCCGCAAGGUAUUCUACAUCGGCAUGGUCAGCACCUUCGCCAGCACAGUCCUCGAGACUAUCCUCACCAUGUGUCUCUUCGGGUCACUCUGGGAUCGUUGGUCAAUUGGUUUCAAAGUCGCCACUCCUAUGCUUCACGUCCUCUUCGCAUCUUGCCAGCUCUGGGGAACCUGGAUUUUCUACAAGAUGAUGAAAAAGCAAGAACGUCUUAUUAAUGAACAAUCUGGGAUGCCAGGUGAUAUGGAGAGAGCUUUAAUGAGAGAGAAGAGCGACGAGACGCAAUCCGUUUCCAAAAAGUCCGCAGAUGUUGUCACCAGGGAAAUUUCCUCCAAUUCUCAGAGUCCUGGUUCAUAGAAUUCUAGGACGAACUCGCAGAUCGAGUUCAAGGAGAGCUCUAGGCGGUGCGACGCCAUGGAAGCUGCUCCUAUGUUUUGGAAUUCCACUUCUUUUUCCUCUUCUUGCAUGUUCUUAUACCAAACCCCCAUUCUUUUUAAUCCAAUUGGGUCUAUAUAACGGUGUUUGCGGACGGGGGCUGCAUGGGGGGAAAUUGUGCAUUUGCAUCGGAGAAAUUGGCGUUCAGUACAUAUGAAAAUCUUGGGUUCUGGACUUUUUUUUCUUUUUUCGUUUCUUUUGAUUUUGUUCCUUUCCUUCUUUCUUGUGUCUACCUUCUUUUUUUUGGUACUAAUGAGGCUCGAGGGAUUCAGUUAUAACGCUACUCGAUAUGAAUAGCCAGACUCGCGGGAACAAGAAACAGUCAGACAGGUUAGCCCC